AUGUUGCCCGAACUUACGCAGGAGAGACGACGAGAACUCGUCAGAAUGGCUCGUCGAAGGGCCGAAGACGCGCGCGUUUCGAUUCGCAACGUCCGCCGCGACGCACAGAGCAUGAUCCGCGAAAUCCAAACUGAAGGUGAGGCUUCGGAGGAUGAUUGCAAACGUGCUUCGAAGUCGUUGCAGGACCUCACGGACGCGGCGGUGGGUCAAGUUAGCGACUUGUUGAAUAACAAAGAAGAGCAAAUACUCGCGUAG